AUGGGUCCAAAAAGAAUGAAGCUGGACAAGGAAAUCUGCUCUUGUUCGAUGUGUUUGGAUCUCCUGAAGGUUCCGGUGACUAUUCCCUGUGGACACAGCUACUGCAUGAGCUGUAUUAAAGCCCACUGGGAUGAAGAGGAUCAGAAGAAACUCUACAGUUGCCCUCAGUGUAGGCAGACCGUCACACCGAGGCCUGUCCUGGUGAAGAGCACCAUGUUGGCAGAUUUAGUGGAGGAGAUGAAGAAGACUGGACUCCAAGCUGCUCCUGCUGAUCACUGCUAUGCUGGAGCUGAAGAUGUGGAUGAACACAAAGGCCACGACACAGUCUUAGCUGCAGAAGAAAGGAGCGAGAGGCAGAAGGAGCUGGAGGGGAGUCGACUAAACAUCCAGCAGAGAAUCCUGAACAGAGAGAAAGACCUGAAGCUGCUCCAACAGGAGGUGGAGGCCUACAAUCUCUCUGCUAACAAAACAGUGGAGGACAGUGAGAAGAGCUACGCUAAUCUGAUCCGUUUCAUGAAGAAAAGAAGAUCUGAAUUGAAGCAGCAGGUCAGAUCCCAGCAGAGAACUGAAGCGAGUCGAGUUAAAGAGCUUCAGGAGAAGCUGGAGCAGGAGAUCACUGAGCUGAAGAGGAACGACGCUGAGCUGAAGAAGAUUUCACAGACAGAUGAUCUCAACCAGUUUCUCCACAGCAUCUCCUCACUGUCACCCCUCAGUGGCUCUACAGACUCAUCCAGUGACUCUACAGACUCAUCCAGCAUCAACAUCUGUCCUCUGAGAUACUUUGAGGACGUGACAACGGCUGUUUCAGAAGACAGUGAUGAACUGGUGUGGACAGACGUCUCAUUGACGGUGAGUGAAGUAGCAGAGCCCAAGACCAGAGUUGGAUUCUUAAAAUAUUCACGUGAAAUCACUCUGGAUCCAAACACAGCACACACGUGGCUGUCACUAUCGGAUGGGAACAAAAAAGCAACGUUGAAGAAAGAACAACAGACUUUUUCGAGUCACACAGAUGCAUUCAAAGAAUGCUUACAGGUCCUGACUAGAGAGAGUCUGACAGGACGUAGUUACUGGGAGGUGGAGUGGAGAGGAGAAGGAGUUAUUGUAGCACUCGCAUACAAGGAUAUCCCCAGAAAGGGGGAAGGGGAAGAAUGUGUAUUUGGAGUAAAUAACCAAUCUUGGGCUUUGACAUGUCUCAAAGAAAGUUAUAUCUUUUUCCACAACAAAGUCCACACUCCUGUCUCAGGUCCUGUGUCCACCAGAAUUGGAGUGUACCUGGACCACAGAGCAGGUAUUCUGUCCUUCUACAGCGUCAAUGCAACCAUGACUCUCCUCCACAGAGUCGAGACCACAUUCACUCAGCCUCUCCACGCUGGAUUUAGUCUUUAUUAUUCCUUUGGAUACAGUGCUGAGUUUUGUAAACUAAAGUAG